ACUUUUUUUUGCUAAUUUUUUCACUAUUCAAGCAAAAAUUUUAUUGUAAUCUACAAUAAACUAAAUUAACGAAAGUAAUUUGUUCUAGAUUAAAUAUUAAAAAUAAACGAACGAAAAAUGCCCAAGAUUUCUAGGGAAUCGAUACAAAAGUUUAAUGAUCGCAUGGUUCAAAAGUUUCCAAAUGUCUUGGACAUUGAAUCGUCUAUACUAUUUUGCAAACUGUGUCUUUGCAAUAUCAAUGGCACUAAGGUCUUUAGUGUACAGCAACAUUUUCGCACGUUAAAACAUCAAGCUGCUCAGCAGAAUGCCCUGGAGAUGCCUAUGUUUGAAGCAGCUGAAAGCCGGAAGUUAUUAAUACAGCAGCCAGUUGUGCACAUCAAAUUAGAAACUUUUAGUUUGGAUUUAUGCACCACAUUUCUAGAGGCCAAUAUACCGUUGGAAACAGUUGACAAUACAGCCAUUCAAAUGUUUUUACGAAAGUACACAAAACGAGCCUUACCCGCUGAGGCAAUGCUAAGGACGAAUUAUGUACCGGCCCUGUAUGAGAAAUAUAUACAAAAAUUACAACAUAAAGCGGAAAAUAAACAAAUUUGGUUAUCGAUAGCGGAAACAAUCGAUAGUGAACAGCAAUUAGUGGCGAAUUUUGUGUUUGGUUUAAUGGAAGAAGAUGAAAAGGGUAAAUCUUAUUUGUUAAAUAUGGCUCGUCUAGAACGGGCAAAUGCCAGUUCAUUGGCCGCUUUUAUUAAUAAUUCUUUGCAAAUUCUAUGGCCGGAUGGCAUCCGUUAUGAAAAUGUUUUAUUGGUAAUAACCGAUAAAAUUCCUUAUAUGGUAACUGCUCUACAAUCACUUAAAGUUUUAUAUCCCAAUAUGAUUUAUGCCAAUUGUUUGCUACAAUCCUAUCACAGAAUGGUGGAAUAUAUACAAGUGCAUUUCAAACAAGUAAACAAUUUUAUUACCAAUUGUGAGGCUGUGUUUUUAAAGUCUCCUCACCGCCAGCAUAUAAUGCGCUCUAAGUACCACUACCUAAAGCUGCCCUCAACCACCGACACCACAGCUACCCCCGGCACCUGGUUAAAAGCCGCUAUUUACUAUAGAAAUAACUUUAAUGAAAUCAAAACCCUUUUACUUAUGCUAGACGAGGACGAAGAUGUUGAAUGUCUUAAACAAGCUAAACAAUUAAUACAAACUACUUCACUCGAAAACGAUUUAAUUUAUAUUAAUCAACACUUUGAAAGUCUUUUUGAAGCUAUAACAAAACUAAAAACUAGAGACUUAAAUCUAAAUGAAAGUCUCGCUACCAUUGAUAUUAUAAGAACAAACAUACAGGCCUCUGAACGCCCCGAUUUCAUUGAAAAAUUCAAUAAAAUUAUCAAUGAUAAUGCCGGCUUACAGGAAUUAAUCGAAAUGAAUAACAAAAUUAAUUUGUUUAUUAAACAACGAACCGAAAUUGAGCAGGAAAGCUUGUGGCUUUAUCAAUAUGCCCCCGUUGUCUCAGCCGAUGUGGCCCAGCUGUCGUAUGCCAAGAGUUUGCUGGAGAAUGACAAAACGUUAAGUUUAAGAAAUUUGAAACAAGAAAAAUAUGAAUUUAGUUAUACAUAAUUAGAAAAUAAAGGGGAAAUAGUAAAUUAGUGAAAUGUAUGAAAAUAAAAA